UGAAGGGGACGACCGGAAGAUGAGUUUCGGCGGGUGGAGGUUGAUGCUAACAGGUUGAAAAUGUCGGCUUCUUUCAGAGUGUUGAACAGCCGUGUGUCGGCUCUGUGUCUCUUCCUGACACCGAGGAAUCAUCCGGUACAAUGUUCGGUGGGUGGACGGUGGCUGUCAUGCUCACAAACAGGUGAUACCCUUCGGCCACUAGAGGGCGUCAGAGUGUUAGACCUGACCAGAGUUCUGGCUGGUCCCUUUUCCACCAUGAUCCUGGGAGAUCUGGGAGCUGAGGUUGUCAAAGUGGAGAGACCAGGUGCAGGUGACGACACCAGAGCCUGGGGGCCUCCAUUUGUCGGUGCAGAGAGCGCCUAUUUCCUCAGCGUCAACCGGAACAAAAAGAGCAUUGCUGUGGACCUGAAGCAUCAAGGAGCGAGAAUCAUCCAGGAGCUGGCAGGAGUGAGUGACGUGCUGGUGGAAAACUACUUACCGGGGAAGCUCCUUGAGAUGGGUUUAGGAUAUGAGCAGCUGAGCAGAGUGAACCCGCAGCUCAUCUACUGCUCCAUCUCAGGCUAUGGGCAGACCGGUCCUCAGUCUCAGAGUCCAGGCUAUGACUCCAUCGCCUCUGCUGUAUCGGGAAUGAUGCACAUCACGGGGCCAGAGGAUGGAGACCCGGUGCGUCCUGGUGUCGCCAUGACGGAUCUGGCCACGGGACUGUACGCACACGGCGCCGUCAUGGCUGCCCUGCUGCAACGGCACAAGACCGGGAGAGGGGUUCAUAUCGACUGUAACCUGCUGUCCUCACAGGUGUCCUGUCUCAGCCACAUUGCUGCUAACUAUCUGAACGCGGGGAAGGAGGCACAGCGCUGGGGGACAGCCCACGGGAGCAUCGUACCUUACCAGGGCUUCAAAACCAAAGACGGACACAUCGUUGUGGCUGCAGGCAACGACAAACAGUUUGUCAAAGUUUGUCAGGUUUUGGAGCUCAAGGAGCUCACAGACGAUUUAAAGUACAAAACAAACAAGCUGAGAGUCCAAAACCGCAAACAGCUGCUGCACACGCUGUCUGAGAGGUUUCUGCAGGAGAAGACUUCUGAUUGGCUGAGGAGGUUUGAGGGCUCAGGUGUUCCUGUUGGACCAAUCAACAACAUCCAGGAAGUGUUCUCUGAUGCACAGGUGAAACACAACGGACUCAUUCAGGACAUGAACCACCCGACAGCAGGACGCAUCACUGUACCUGGCCCUGCUGUCCGUUUCAGCAGCUUCAUUCCUGCUGGACCGAUGCCCCCUCCUCUGAUUGGCCAGCACACAGUGCAGGUGCUGAGAGACAUCCUGUCUUACAGUGAUGACAUCAUCAAAAUGCUGCUAGAGACGAAGGCGGUGGCCCAGAAUGAAGUGUCCUGAUUGGCUGAUAUCACACACAAGAAUAUCAAAAUAUAAGAAAGAGACUCCAAAGAUUUAUUUUGGAGGGACAAAUUGACGAUUUCACAUCAUUAAGAAAAACAAGAAUUUAUUAAUAUGUUGGGAAGCUAUUUUCUACACACUUUUAAUAACAGUCAUUUGAAUGGUAAGGUUCUGCGCAGCAAUACGUGUUUUUCUAAGAUCUGAAAGUGAAUUAUUUGACAUUUUCUAAAUUUUUGCACAACUUAAACAUAUUGUUUACAUCACUACAUAGCAUAGCAGACUCCUGAAACGUUCUAAAGCACUCCUGAUUUGUGGUUCCAUUUUCUUGUUUUUUUUGUCUGUAAAUUUCCUUUGCACUCCAGAAAUGAGUGGUUGCUAUUUAUAUAAAAGAAAAUAACUGUUGUAAUUAUGCAUUUAUUUUUGCUGAGCUAACGCGUUCAUAACUCCAAAGAAAAGGUGAUAAAUGUACUGAUAUUCUGUUUUUCAGAGACUAUGUUGGUGUGUUCAGGGAAACGCAGACAUUUUUUAUCAUUAGAUAAAACUCCAUUUGAUAUCACA